UUCAAAUGCUUAGCGCUUAGCGCUUGCAACACUGGAACAAAUAUUGCCUCGAGGCGUUAAUGGCUUGUUAUUUCAUAUAAAUGAUAUGGGACUAGAUCUUAUUUUACACCACUUCAACUACUAGUAUUCACAAUGAGCAAAGGCAAAUCGUCGAGAGGUUCGACUCAACAAACCCAUAAUUCUAACGAAACAACAGCAGGUGAAGGUCCGCAUCGAACCCGUGGCAAAGUCAAUCGUUUUUUAGGGAAGGUCAAGGACGGUGUAAACAAGUUAAGACCCUCUCGCUCGAAGGAUUCCCGCAGUCGCAGCCCUGUUCCCCCGAAUGUCAAUCAAGAAGGUGUUUCAACGACCUCGGCGGCUCCGUCUGGUGUGGAGGUGGAGGCUGAUACCCGAUCGGCGCUUCAGGUUACUCAAGAAGCUGUAGAGGUCAUGCAUUCACUUUCGGGACAUGCGACAACCGUGAUCUCCCUUGUUCAAGGCGCACAAGAGGAUCUCGAUACUGCGGACAAGUUCCAGGACACUUAUCUCAAACCUCUCAAGAUAUUCGACGAUGUUAUCGGGAAGAUCGCGGAUCUACAUCCUUAUGCAAAGAUGGCUCUGGGCGUGUUGUCUUGUGCAGCCAAAAUUAUUCUAGCGCAAGUGGAUUGCGACAGAGCGGUACGCGAACUUCUCGAGAAGUCGUGCCAGGUUUACAGCUUCAUAACACAAGACGAGAUGAUUGGUAAAAUCUCGUCGAUGCACGCUGUCCUUGGAAAGAUUUCUCAGCAGACCCGUGAAUGUGCUCAAUUUAUCAAAGAUUAUUCGGAGACCAAGAACUUUUGGAAGAGACUUGGAAAGAACGUCUUCGUGGAAACGAAAGAUACGAUCAAAAAGUACAGUGACGUGUUCAAUACGCUCAUGGAAAAUUUCCGGGACCAGAUUUUUCACGACGUGGCCAUACACGUCCACCGUAUGGAAGAAACAUUGGACCUCAGCGGUAUGACUUAUGCAGAUGGUGCGGGACUAGAUACCGGAAAAGAAUGCCUUGAAGGGACCCGCACGGAAAUCCUUUCCCAGAUUGCGGAAUGGGUCAACAGCACUGGGGACAACGUUCCACGCGUGCUGUGGCUAUCUGGCCCUGCAGGUAAGGGCAAAUCGGCCAUCGCCCACACCAUUGCUAAGUGGUUCAACGACGUGGGAGGGCUUGAUCUUUUCCACGAUCGCGCUCGACCUGGCUGACCGUGAUCCGGAGAUGAGGCGGGAAUUGGCAAAUGCAGUUAAGACCGCGAAUUCGCUGAAGAAGACAGCGGAUAUCGUCCAGCAAUGGCAGAAGCUUCUUAUCGAACCACUGAAGAAGUCAUCUGGGUCAACUGGGGAACCCAUCGUGAUCGUG